CCAUUGGCCCGGCGACGUGGCGCGUGCCGCUCGCCGACCAAUAGAAGGCCAAGAGACACCGGAGCGCGUCGCCUAUGCAGCGUAGGGAAUUGGAGACGUCGCUUUUAAAUGCCCCCCCCCCACGACCAACAAUCCCCGACGGGGUUGAUAGGGGGGGGGGGGACCUGGCGAGCUUUAGUGGCAGAAGCCGAGCGAGGGCGGCACGGCGUGGACGGCGGCAGGUAGGGAGGCAGGGAGGCAGGCAAGAGAGAGAGCUGUUUAUUAAGAGUACUAAAUUAUCAACUUGUUCAUAUAGUUACGUUGGUUUGUUGGCGUAUAAAGAGCGUUACCUAGCAAAUACUGUAGCGAUUAAACUUUAAAUACAGGCUUCUUAGAAUUAGCUGGGCCAAAACAAACUACACUGAAACUAACAAAAUAGCUCUUUUUUUAAGACAACUCAUUUUCGCCAUAAAGGAGACUUCCAUUAUUUUUAUAUUUAAGUUGGACUUUGGCACGCAUUUCCACGCGUCUUAAAUCGUGAGUGGUUGGUAAGGUAACAGGCAAAGGAGGCGAGGUGAAUUCGUUAACAAUAACCAUUGAAAGAAAGUGAGAGAGAGAGAAAACACACACACACGGGGAGAGAGAUACACGAAGGGAAAAGUAAGCUCUUAAAUGAGGCGACAUUAACAUUAAAUGAGGCCCAAAAGUUGAGGCGGAGUGGGUUGGGAGGGCCAUGAAGCGAUUUCGGUCUGCCGAGCUGGGCCACGGAGGAGAGGGCCUGCCAGGUGGCCCGUACACGGCAGCAGGGUCUGAGGCAGCAGGUGGAGCUGGAUCAGUAACAACAGCAGCAGCAGCAAUCGGAGCCCUCGGAUCUUCUGGAGCCGGAGGAUCUGCGGCUUCUGGUGGGAAAGCAGCUGCUAGUGGUGGUGGUGGAGGAGGGCCUGCAGGAGCAACGAUGUUCGGGCAGGGCUUCAAGCAGCUCUUUCAACCGCGGAAGCGCUCCAAGGACCGCGGUGUGACACCAACGCAGACGCCGAUUUUGGAGACUCCGAGCCAGGCUCAGGCCCAAGCCACGGGUCCCGGUCUCGCCGAGGCUUCCCCCCUCACCCGCCGAGGUAUAGGAUUCGCCCCCGGAAGCGGCUCCGACUCUCAGCAGCACCUGCUGCAGCAGUCGGACUGCGAGGAGUCCGACGAGAGGUCUGAGCGGGAUGGGUCGGCUGUGCCAUCCACGGCAGACGAAGACACGGCGGGCACCCAAGAUCGGCAGACCGCCUUCAACCGGGUGCUGCAGCAGAUGAGGCCACGCGGCAGCGGCACCGGCAAACGGGGCUCGGGACCGAGCCAGCUGGACCCAGCGCCACUACCGCCGCCGCCGCCACCACCACCAGCAGCAGCAGCGCUCACCGCUGCCAUCACCACCACCACGACCACCACUGCCGCUCUGGCCCAGCCGACGGCGACGUCGGUGGUAAGGCCAAGCCCGCAGCAGCACAGGAAGGCGGAGUCUUUGCCGCGAGAGCACAGCGGAGGUGUGGGGCUCCGACCCCGCUCUGCCUCAGCCACGGAGCCGGCCCUGGCUCAUCCUCCACUGGGACCCCCGAUGGAUCCAGACGAAGGUGGCGGCUUCGAGCAGCACGAGCGGCUGGAUGCGAGCUCGCUGGCACUGCCCGCGGUGCUGGUGGCGUCGGCGGGCUCGGACGUGAGCGUCGCGAGCGACACGCCCGACGGCCUGCUCUUCGGCAGCGUGGGCAACAGCAGCGGUCCGCCUGACCCGCAGAAGACACGCGCGACCAUCGAGUCGCUGCAGCAGAAGAUCCUGCGCUUCACGGAGCAGAUCCGCGUGGAGCAGCACGCGUGCGACGAGAACGUCGCCGAGUACCUCAAGCUCGCCUCCAACACGGAUCGUCAGCAGGCCUUGCGCAUCAAGGCGGUGUUCGAGAAGAAGAACCAGCGGUCGCUGAACUCCAUCUCGCAGCUGCAGCGCAAGCUGGAGCUAUACCACCGGCGGCUGCGCGAGGCAGAACAGAACGGCGUGGCGCGGCAGCCCAAGGACGUGCUGCGCGACGUGCAGCAGGGCCUGCGCGACGUCUCGGCCAACGUGCGUGCCGGCAUCAGCGGCUUCGGCGGCGGCGUCGUGGACCGCGCGCGGGGCCUGUCCAAGCCGCCGCGGGAGAUCGCGACGAUCAUCCGUAGCAAGUUCGGCAGCGCUGACAACAUUGCCACGUUCAAGGAGCACGCAGACCAGCACCGCUCGGUGGAGGCGUCGCGCACGCUCAGCGGCAGCGCCACGCUCGUCUCGUGCCCCAAGUACAGCGACGACGACGACUGCUCGAGCGGCGGCACGUCGGGCGCGGGCUCCGCGCUCGGCCUCGCCAUCGUCUCCACGUCGCUGGGGCGCAACCUCACGGGCUCCUCCGCCACGGCGGGCGGCAACGGUGACGGCGGCGGCGGCGGCAACAACGGAGGGACGGAGCUGGGCAGUCCACGCUACUCGUCGUACGAGGGGCUCGGCAUGGAGGCGAUCCGCCGGGAGCUGCACACGAUCCACAGCACGCACGCACGCCUCGAGGGCAUGGUGCAGGAGAUGCGCACGCAGUUCCAGACGGAGGUCACCAACUUCAAGCAGUCGCUCUUAGAGGAGAGAUUCAGGUUUGGGCGUCUGGAGGAUCAGCUGAAUGACCUGACGGAACUGCACCAGAACGAGAUGUCCAACCUGAAGCAGGAGCUGGCGAGCAUGGAGGAGAAGGUGGCAUACCAGUCCUACGAGAGGGCACGCGAUGUGCAGGAGGCGCUGGAGGGAUGCCAGACACGCAUCUCCAAGUUGGAGCUGCAGCAACAGCAGCAGCAGGUGGUGCAGCUGGAGGGUCUGGAGAACGCCAACGCGCGCGCCCUCCUGGGCAAGCUCAUCAACGUGCUGCUGGCGCUCAUGGCCGUCGUGCUGGUGUUCGUGUCGACGGCCGCCAACUUCAUCACGCCGCUGGUGCGCACGCGCAACCGCAUUCUGGUGACGGCGCUGCUCACCGUCAUGCUCGCGUACCUCUGGAAGAACUGGGACGGCAUGCCCGGCCUGCGGACUAGCGCGCCCCCCAACCACUCGAAGGAAGGGCCGUCGCUAGCGCUGUGAUGGCAGCGCUCCCCAUCCGUUUCUCUUUUCGUGUAUUUUUCUAUGAGCCAUCGGCCCGAGGGUUCUGUGUGCAAGGUAAUCUCUCGCUUCUUUUCUGCGGUUCUGGACAAACAAACAAACUUGGCGGUUUUACCAAAAAUUAUAGGGCGAGGACCUUUAACUAUCCAACAUAGAGAUUGGUACUCGCCUGUGAUUGUGUGAGAGGGUUUUAUGUGGUUGGCGUUUUCGCUUCGAUUCAUCAUUUUUCCAGUCGAACAAUAAAUCUCACCGAUGCCAGGGAUAUGCAUGGAAAUUAUCGCUUCCUAUGCAAGUGUCCUGCCAUCUUUGGCCACAUGAAUGACAUUCGUUUUGACUUUGAAAACAACAAAAAAUGAGAUUGCAUUUUUUCAAGUGAAGUGCCCACAAUCUACAGCACUCGAGGCAAUGCGACAAUACGUUUUGCACUUCAUUUUACUCUGCAUGAAACAGAGUGCACAUAGCAUUGCCUUUUUACUACGUAACGUUUUGGAAUGUUUUUUUAAAAAUGUUUUGAGAAAAAGAAGCUGGAGAAAUGUUAGGUAGUUAACUAUGGGUUGCGGUGUUAUUAUAUAACCUGUCGGCUGUUGGGCAAUGCAGAAUUUAAUUUAAGUUUACCGUUUACAAUUUCAACAUUUCAACCAAACUUUGCGUUUUUUUAAAUAAUUAAACGGACCAUUGAUUUGGUCAGUAUUUGUUAAGAAUGUCUUGCAGUUCACAUCCAUAUAUCACCACUUUUAUGACAGUUUGUCACUAUCAUAUCGCUAAAGGAUUAUUGCCUCAGAUCAGAGCAUCAUUUACCUACUGGAAGCUGGUUGGCAUGCCAUAAUCAAGCUGCCAGUCGCAUGUUCAGUGCAUUUAUAACCUGGAUUUUAAAUUGUGAAUAGUAAUAAUACCACUGCGAUGGCUUCUACUUUGAAAUGAAUGUCACUCUUCCAGUAUGUGCCCUAUAAGUAUGGCUCAUAAUUUUACAAUAUUUAAUAGGAAUUUGCCUUGGACUACAUGGGUGUCAUAUUGAAGUAUUUUAAGAGCAUGUUGUGAAAUUACGUUACCACUAUCAGCCAUAAACACUUUGGGAAAACACACGUGGUAUUUGUGAAGGUGUGAAAUUCUUACUUAUUUAAGUAGCUUGUACCUGCUACCAACAGGAACAACAACAGGGUUUCUACAGGUGUACCGUAUAAUUAGAUUGACCCUGCUUCGAGCACAAUUUGAUAAACACUCGUGGUGAGUUUUGACAUACUUGUAGUUAAGAGUACAGCAAUAAUGCAAGGUGGCAGCAGCGAUGGCUCGUGGAUAACUAAUGGCAGUGCGGGUUUACUAUAUGGAGAUUCCCUGAUAUCUGGUAUCGAUGAACAAUAUUUUUGCCAAUCCCCUCCUGGAUGAAGGUAUCUUCUUUGACCAUACUUCGCCACACUGGUCCCGUGCAGGUUGGUGAAUGUAGCCAGGACUGCUUCGGAUGUCACUUGCCACCGAUGUUAGCCACGCCUGGGAAUCAAAACUCUGGUCCCCAGGUUUGUAUUGCAGUGCUUGAACCGCUUCGCCACCCCACCACCAUUGCCGGUUGCGCAACGCAAAUCGGCUGUGCUGCUGGCAUUUCCAUAUCUCUGUUGUUGUGGCAGUGGCGAUGUUUCGGUGGAAGGCCGCUGGCUGGCUGACGCAUGGGACCAACAGAGGAUGGAAAUUCGCUGCCAAGAUGACUCGUCGCCUUGUGAUUGGUUUAUCGAAAAGCUGUAAUUAACUUGGGAGUUGAGCAUGUUGGUGAACUCCAUAUUGAGUGGCGUAUCUUAAUUUCAGGUUUACUGAAGUCAAACUAAAUGAAAAUAAUGUAUUCUAUGGCUUCAACUAAACUUGGCCAUUUUAUUCCCGCCAUUCUGGAGAGUGUUGAGCAGCGAUGCUUCAGUGCAGAGCUGCCACGUAAUUGCAGUGUCAUUUAAAAGUGACGAUAACGCCCGGGACGGAAGCUAAAGUUAACUUUACUCCUGUGUUACAUUAGCUCGGAACCAAAUGUUUUAUCGGCUCAUCGCAAUGCUUCUUGAAGCCACGUUCGGUGCAGCCCAGGUUACUGAGGGGUUAAAAACAAUCUGAAUAAUACAAGGACAAAAUAUAGUUGACUACAAAAAGACACGCACUCCUCUUUGACACUUGAUCUAUGAACACUACCGACUUUAUACAAACAUGUUCAAUAGUUUUACAAGUGUGUUGCAUAAAGAAUGUGCUUUUAUUGCUCCUGGCAAUGUUUGGCUUAAUCGUGGGCAGAGACGAAACGUUGUGAAUUAUACUGGAAGGGUCUCUCUUUUUUUCUUAAUCCUGUUAACGCUCGUCUGUGGCAUGAAGAGAGGGUUGUGUUUUAUAAGCACUGUGUAGUAACCAAAGGACAGUGCAUCACCGUCUCGGGUUAUAUGCUAAGGCUAUUGUGCGCCCUGGUUUGGCUGGAGAGUUUCAGGAAGGCUUUCCCUGGUGUCCCGAAUGAUUUGUGAAGUUUGGGAUUUUUUUGUCCCCUGGGGUGAACAUUUUCUAGCUUCCGUGUUCAACUGUCGAUUGGCAAAGGGGUGGGGGGGGGGCAGAGCUACCCGAUUGGUCGACUUGGGCCCCCUUGAGCUGUGGCGGCAUGGCCAACAUCAGAGAGUAGGGGGGUGGGGGUCACCUUGCUCGUCGGCAGGGCUCGUGACGGAGUGGGUGGGGCGACUGAAAAGUGGGUGUGACUUAAGGAGGGGUGGGCCCGCUAAGAUGUUGGUAGCUUUAGUGUAAUACGCAUGCUGGUGCAACAGCGAAUUGUCCGACCGAUUUGUCUUUCUUGGGCUGGCUUUACUGGUGCUUUCGAACCCAGGUCUUAAAAGGCAUUUUUUUUUAAAUGAACCUUGCCAAUAAGUACAUGCAGCGUCGUAAGGGAGCGCUCUCGCCACUGACUGACAGCCCACAUGUUGACCGCUCGCCCAAGUGCACAGCACUGCUGUGCUUUUGUCGGCUUAAUGCACAAUAUAGGUGGCGACAAGGGCAUGUUCUCGGCUGCUCACUGUGGAACACAACAUUCCUACGAAUAUUGUUGCAGCUGUAACGAAAUAUCUGCAUUAUUUCCAGUUUGUUUCCUUUUCCGAAGCUCGCGUUUGUACACUUUAGUUAUUGUGCGACAGCUAAUGUCCCGUCACUGAUUUUCACUUGUUCUUUUUACGAUGUUUACAAAUAAUUGUCCCGAGUUCUCUCUGUGUGUGUGUACAUAUGUGCAUUUACUACUGAUUUGUUUAUUGGAUGCACACAAGUAUAAAUACGUGAAUAAAGAAACGUUGUAUACACUGGAGCCUCGGAAUAAAACCUGAGCUAUCUGACCAUUGUCAAUUUUGUAAAAAAAAAAUAAUGCUCUUUCUGUAUUGAACAGGCCACCAACUGUACAUGUAAUAUUCUUUAUACACAAUGGCCCGUUAUAAACCACUUUUUUUCUUGGAAAAAAUAUAUAAAUUUAACAAA